GUUCCCUCUUACCAGGGUCACACGCAGCCUUCCCAUUUUGAACGCUCUCUCUCUCUCUCUAAAUUAUAAAAUCCUCUCUCUAAAAGUAAAAUGGAACCUUUGCUCUUUUUUUUCAACUCCCUACCAUAUCCCCAAAUUACCUCCUCAAAUUACAAUUUUCUCUCUCAAUCUUAUUGCACAAUAAAUAUGGGUGAAUUUUCUAUUUUCUGAUUUUCUCUCUCUAAAACCAUGACAUGUAUGUGUCAGUCUCUGUUUACGGUUUUCCUUUCGUGUUAUUCCUUUCUCAUAUAAACAGUGUAGCCUCUGCUUGGAUGGUGGGGUUUUGUGUUAUACUUUUCUUGUGUAUUCCUUUCUUGGAUUCUUUAUCUUUUAAAUUCUCUCUUUUAUCAGAUUCCCAAACACACUAAUCUCUCAUUGGAUGCACAUACACAAUAUAUAUAUAUAUAUAUAUAGAUUUAACAUUUUUCACAGCCCCCACAUGCUUGUUAUUGGGUUUGUCUGAUCUGGGAUUGGAUCGCAAAGAUCUCUCUGUUCUUUUUCCCCAUCUGCAGAGGAGGUGAAGAGAGAGGCUGAGAGGUGGUGGGGUUCUCAGCAGCUGAGUCCUUUUUGGGGGCAAUAUUAGCCUCUUGAAGGUGAGAUUUCUUUAACCCUCUUGGAUCUUUUCGCUUUGGGUCCCUAUAAGAUUCUGUACUUGCGGUUUGGGAGAGCUGUAACUGUUAGGUCUGUGUUGUUGCUUUGUAUCUUUUGGGUGUAACAUGGACUGGGUGUGAUUCAAUUGUGGGAAAAGAUUGUGUGGGUUUUUCUUAUGUUUGCUGACUAAUUAUGAACUGUAUUUGUUUUCUUUGUUGAAUUUGGUGGCUUUGAAUGAAUAAAGUUACCAUCUCUCAUAGUUGGUGUUAUGGGGAUUUGAAUUUUUUGGUGUUGUGUAUCCAUCAUAUAUAAUUGAUUUGGAAGAAAGGGUUCUUAAAUUUGAUUCAUUUGCUGGUAGUUUUGGGGGAUUCAGUUGAGUUUUGGGUUAAUAUAGCAGAGUGGGCUGUGCUUGUAUACUCCUGAGGCAUGGCGGGUGUUGAUGUUUCAAAAUAUGGCCAUAGUCCUGUGCACAAGGCCAUAGCCAUGAAGGACUAUGCCGGUCUUAGGAGGAUACUUGCCGGCCUCCCCCGGUUUUGUGACCCAGCUGAGGUUCGUAAUGAAUCCGCUUCACUGGCUGAGGAAGAGAAAGCUGAUGCAAUAUCUGCUAUGAUUGAUCGCCGUGAUGUCCCAAACCGUGAUACACCUCUUCACUUGGCUGUCAAACUUGGUGACGAGACUUCAACCGAGAUGCUGAUGGUUGCCGGUGCAGAUUGGAGCUUGCAAAAUGAACAUGGGUGGAGUGCCCUCCAAGAAGCAAUUUGUAAUAGAGAGGAAGGGAUUGCAAGGAUUAUAGUUAGGCACUACCAGCCUUUGGCUUGGGCAAAAUGGUGCAGAAGGUUGCCUCGAUUGAUAGGGACUAUGAGGAGGAUGAGGGACUUUUACAUGGAAAUCACAUUCCACUUUGAAAGCUCUGUCAUCCCUUUCAUUUCAAGGAUUGCUCCUUCUGAUACUUAUAAAAUUUGGAAGAGGGGUGCGAACUUGAGGGCGGAUAUGACCUUGGCCGGUUUUGACGGUUUCAGAAUUCAGCGUGCUGAUCAGAGUAUUAUUUUCCUUGGUGAUGGGUCUGAAGAUGGAAAGGUACGUCCUGGUUCACUUUGUAUGAUCACACACAGAGACAAGGAGGUGAUGAAUGCUUUGGACGGUGCUGGUGCUCCAGCAACUGAUGCUGAGGUGCAGCAAGAAGUGGCUGCAAUGUCCCAGACAAAUAUAUUCAGGCCCGGAAUUGAUGUGACUGAGGCAGUUCUGUUGCCACAAUUGACCUGGAGACGGCAGGAGAAGACAGAAAUGGUGGGCCUUUGGAAGGCUAAGGUUUAUGAUAUGCACAAUGUGGUUGUAAGCAUCAAAUCCAGAAAGGUACCAGGGGCUAUGACAGAUGAUGAGUUUUUCGCAUCUUGUAAUGAUAAUGAAACAGAGACUGAGGAGCUUGAUGACAUUCUGACAGAGGAUGAAAAAAAGCAGCUUGAAGUUGCACUUAAGUUGGAUUCAUCAGAUUUGAGCAAUGAGAAUAGUGAUGGGAUUAUUGGGCACCGCCAUAGUUGUUAUGAGCAAAGAGAAAUUCCCAUCGAGGACUUUAGUAAUUGUAGAAAUGGAGAGACUAAGCAGGAAAAGAAAGGAUGGUUUGGUGGCUGGAGGAAACGGGAUACUAAACAUGAAGAGCAGAAAAGGAUUGCCCCACCAAGAAGUUCACUUUGUGUAGAAGAGAAGGUUAGUGAUCUACUGGGUGAUUCUCCAUCUAGAAGUCAGAUCAAACCAGGGAGACGCUCCAUGGAAAUUACUGUGAGUGGGGAUGAGCACAGGAGAGGAAGGGAUACUAAAACAUCAUCCUCUAUGAAUUCUGAAAGUGGAAGUCGACGCAAGGAUGGAAGCCGUGAGAAUGAGUAUAAGAAGGGCUUGAGGCCUACUCUCUGGCUUUCCCCAAAUUUCCCAUUACAAACUGAAGAACUUUUGCCAUUGCUUGACAUUCUUGCUAACAAAGUUAAGGCCAUCCGUCGUUUGAGAGAACUUCUCACAACAAAACUUCCAAUGGGGACCUUUCCAGUAAAGGUUGCUAUCCCUGUGAUUCCCACUAUUCGUGUGUUGGUUACUUUUACAAAAUUUGAAGAAUUACAGCCAUUGGACGAAUUCUCAACACCCCCUUCAAGUCCAACUGCUUCAGGCCGAGAGAGCCCAGCAAUGAUGCAGUCCUCAAGUUCAUCAUGGUUUCAGUGGAUAAAAGCCCCUUACAACCGUCCAAGUUCUUCCAAUGGUGGUUCAAGCUCUAGGAUCGAUAAUAUUCAGGAUCCUUUUGUGAUCCCACCGGAUUAUUGUUGGGUAACAGCUGAAGCCAAGAAAAAGAAAAUGCAGGAGAGGAAUAAAUCGAAGAAAGGAAGAAAUCAGAACCAGUAGUUUGGGGUGAUGAUAAGAUCUUUGUUUGUAAAGAGGAUUUGCCUCCUAAAGGGAGAGAUAGGAAGGGGCAAAUUGUUUGAUUGAUCCGACUAAUCUGCAAUUAUGUAAGAACAAAAAUUAGUGGGCCGUGAUUUUAUGUAAGUUAUGAUCCUUUGUAGGAUGAAAUCUGUUAAAUUAUUGUGGGGGGUAUAAAAAAAAUUCCAGAUUGUGAUUCUUGAAAAUGCUUGUAACCAAAUUGGGACAAUCUUUUGUCUUCUGGUGGAAAGCUUUUACAUAAUUUACGUCACUCGGUACGCUUCACUUGUUCU